AUGCACUUCAAGUGGCUUUUGUGGAUUUUUUCUACGCUCAUUUUUGGGCAACUUUCUUUAGCCCAGGCCCCAACUAAGAGCGAUGAGAAGAAGGGCUACACAUUAUCUUACUCGAGCGGGAAAUACUACGUGCAUACCGAAUCGUAUGAUGACGGCGAUGAUCCCGUUGACAUAAUUGGGAUUGAUACCAGCAACAAAGUCAUCACGGUAUAUGCAGCAUACAAUGGAUGGGAAGAGCGAGACGAGAGCGAAAGAUACAAACUGCGCGACAUUCAAAUGGAGUUAUGGGACAUACAGCCAAACGUCAGGCGGGCCGACCUUGAGGCCAUCCGGCGCAAAGGCAUCGUGAAUAAGCAAACAUCUAAGCAGAUUCGCAAGGUGUACGAUACUCUUGGGCGCGAGGAGGACGAAACAGUGGUUCUCAAUUCUGCGGAUACUGGCGCCGCUGCAACCGCAUGGUCACAGCUUGGAAACACGCCUUUCUUUGGCGGAACGCAGAAGCUCUUGGACGAGUACGAUGUUGGGAAGCGGAUUGUGCAAGUGAUCAUCAGCCCGACGGAUCAGAUUUCCGGAGACCAUGACCUGGAGUUCAGGUUUAGUUAG